AUGCGGUGGGAAUCCACUCAGAGGCAUAUGGGAGUGCGUGGGGACUCUGAACCUGGGAAUGCUAUUGACACCUAUAGGCCUUGUACAAAAGGAUAUCAGAAAACUACCAAGCUAGCUACAGGGGCGAGGUCGAGGUCGGGGCUGAUACGGGGGCCUUCCGGAGAAUUGAGUCAGGGUCGGAGCCGAUACGGGGACCCUUCGGAUAGGUUCCGGGCGACCUGA